GCGGCGGCGGCCGGUCGGUCCCAGCAGCCCCAGCGCUGCCCGCAGUGACGGGCGGACAAAGGGGCGCCGCGCCAGCCCGCACCAGCGGCCCCGGGCGGAAUUGCCAAAAUGCUUUGGAAUUCUUAAACGAUUCAAAAGCUGAAGUCUCUGAGGAUACAAAAGCAUAAGAACACAAGAAGCAGCAAGGAGGAUUCAGUGCCAAUGCAGCAACAAAAAAGACAGCCAGAGUUAGUGGAAGGAAAUCUUCCUGUUUUUGUUUUUCCUACAGAACUUAUAUUUUAUGCAGAUGACCAGUCAACACACAAGCAGGUGUUGACUCUAUAUAACCCCUAUGAGUUUGCCUUAAAAUUCAAAGUUCUUUGUACAACUCCAAAUAAAUAUGCGGUGGUGGAUGCUACUGGUGCAGUGAAGCCUCAGUGCUGUGUUGAUAUUGUGAUUCGUCACAGAGACGUUCGGGCUUCUUACUAUGGUGUCAUAGAUAAAUUCCGUCUCCAAGUGUCUGAGCAGAGCCAGAGGAAAGCAUUGGGGAAAAAGGAGAUUAUUGCUACUCUGCUUCCAUCUGCAAAGGAACAACAACAACAAAAGGAAGAGGAGGAAAAACGAAUAAAAGAACACCUGGCUGAAAGUGUCUUUUUUGAGCAGACUUUGUGUCAACCAGAAAACAGAACUGCCUCGUCGGGACCUAGUUUACUCACAGUCUUCCUUGGAGUGGUGUGUGUUGCAGCACUAAUGCUACCUACAUUGGGGGAAAUGGAAUCCCUGGUGCCUCUCUACCUCCACUUAAGUGUGAAUCAAAAGUUAGUAGCUGCUUAUGUUUUAGGUCUCAUCACCAUGGUUAUUUUGAGAACAUGAGCAAUGAGUUCAUAGGAUGUCAAACACCUUACUGUAUAUUCACAUCAUGAAUGUGGACUGCCUUUUACUCCCAUUUGGCUCAUUAAGAUGCUAGCAAAACUGUUCAGUGAUUUAAGAUACCUUCAGAAGUGUAAUAUAUUUUAACUGUGUAUAAUAAAUGAAAGACUCAAAGCACUUGGUGGUGCUUCUGUAACAGACAGCUAUGAAAUGUUCAGUGAUACCUGUGAAAAUAAUUUGAAAAAACUUUUAUAUCUAUGCCUACUGUAAAAAAUCCUUAUUAAAACAACAUUUGUUAUUUUUAGUCGAUGUUCACAUCAGUGUGUGAUCACUAUAAAAGCAAACUGUCUCCUGUAAAAACGCUCAUUUGGUUUGUGGUUGUACCUGCUGAGGCUGGCACAUAACACUUCUGUAUAUACAUACCAAGGGGUGAGAGUCGUGACUGAUCAUUGAAGAAAAUGAAAAAUUCCAUCAGUGGAACUGAAAUAAACCAUGAAUUUUAGGUGAAGAAGUAAUUCUCAAAUUUCUUACUUCAUCAUUACCAAUAUAUCAUUGAGUGCUCAUUUUCUUACCUGGGGAAAUAAUUUCUUGCAGCAGUCAUUUUGUACCACAAUUACUAGACAAUAAAACCAAGUUCUGUAAUCAGAUUCUUCAUUUCUUAGGGAUGCAUGGAAGUGGCAUUAAUGGAAGCUGAACUCAUACUAAUACAAAAUUAAUCAUUUUCUCUAUUUUAGAGACCAAACUAAGUGAAAUAGCAAAGGCAUUUCUCUACAUCCCUCCCCCCACAGCUACCACAGGAACUUCUUUUCUAUCAGAAACUCCUGCUUAAAUGCCAGUUUCAUAUUUGAGGUGAACAUUAAUCUUGUUUCAUACAACAAGUAUUUCCCUUUAUUUGACAUUUCAUUGUCGAGAUGUUAAUUCUAAAAGGGCAGCUAUUACUGCAUUGGAUUCAUACAGACAAAUCUUUGUUUGUAAGAAGUCUAUAGAGUAUGCUCUGAUAUGAAUAAUAAAGUUUGGAAAUCAAACCUUUC